AUGCGCACCUUCGCAGCGGUCUUCCUCGUCGCGGCCCUCUCGAUGGCCGAGGCCGCCCCGUCCGGCCUUCUGGCGCCUGGAGCAGCGUUGGCCGGCCCGAUCCUAGGCCCGGCUGCCCUCAGCGGCCCCGUCGCGGGCCCUGCAGCCCUCGCCGGACCCGCAGUUGGACCCGCUCGCCUCUCCGGAGCCGUGGACGGUGGAGCUGUCGUGACGGGAGCCGUCGCUGGCCCCUCCCUAGUUUCCGGUAGCGUUGCCGGCCACGCUGCACCCUGGCCGGCGGCACACUGGCCAGCCGCCCCCGCCCUCCCCUGGGGAGCCGUUCUGGCUGGACCCGCAGCACCUCCAGCAGCCCUCGCCGGCCCUAUCACCGCCCCAGCAUUGAUCGCUGGACCGUCGGGUAGCAUAGCCGCUGGGCCGGCUGGUGUGGGAAGUAUCCUUCGCGCGGAUGGACAUUGGUAA